UGCGAAGACCUAUUCUAACUUGUAAUACUUUUUACGCAACACCUUCUUCCAGCUAAAAAUACUCCCUAAAUUGAGGAAAAAGAACUUCCUUCACUCUUGACACAAACUAUUAGAAUGAAUAGAGAUCAACUUCUCGAUGAUCCGGAGCAGCAGAAAAAGGGUAUCUGGGGACGGGAAGACAUGAGUGGCGAAAUUAAAGGCAAAGACGGCAGCGUUACAACGUAUAACCCUAUCCAUCCACAGGAAGAGCAACGCAUUAAGGGUACUAGUGUUCUUGUCAAAAGAGAAACAAGAGACAGAGAUCCCAUCCCCGAAAAGAUGAGCACAAACAGAACUCCAUUAUAUGCUAAUUCACCGAUGCUUCCUGAUCAAGAGCAGAAGCCAAAGGCCGGUGCUCUCAGAAAGGAAGAAGAUCACAAGGGAAAUGAUCAUGUUGUGUCAAAAGAGUCACCAAAGACUAUUAACGGGCGGAGGGAAGACAUGGGCAGUACAGUCGAAUGGGGUGGAGGCAAUAUUAUUGCUCCUAACAAGCGCGGAGGGCAGCCGGCUGAAAGCUCUCAUGUAGAGCAAAAGGAUUUCAUGAGCAGCAACGGGACUUCAGGCACAAAGGCACCCAAUCAAAUAGGUGAUGUACAUGCAGAUCUGUCGAAAGAGCAGCAUAUCAAUAACUUUCAGCUUGGACGAGAAAAUUCUACUCAUGAUCACAAGAUCAAUGACAUGGCAACUUCAAAUUCUGAUCUCCACUCUUCAGAUACGAAUUACAUACCCAUAGGGAUCCCGAUUGCUGAAAAUGGAGAUAAGGGAUAUGAACAACAGAGUCGAGAUCAUGUUAGUGUUACUGUAUCGGUGAAACCAGAUAAAGUUACAACUACAAUUACGGUGAAGGGACAUGAUGAGCGACACGAAAGCGAUGAGCAAAAUGAAGGGAUGACGCGAAACACAACUAGCAGCUUUCAACCCCCAUGCCCAGAGUCCCCGCAAUAUCCAAACACAGAUCAGAACAAAAAUAACAAGAUUAAUGACGUUCCUCAAAAGAACCCAGUUGCUGUGAACGUUGCAAAGAGUACUGCAACGUGAUGUGAUCCAGAUUGUAUAAAAAAAUUCGCAGAGCUUGUGGAUGGGAUGCGGCUGUUGCAGGAGACAAGUGAUCAGUAGUGUGGACGUUGCUGGGAACGUUAAUGCAAAAACUGCUUGCUAGCUGCUCCAUAUUGUAUAUUUAAAAAAAAUUACAAGGUGUACGUACGUGUUGUUCGUUGAACAUAAAUUAAUUUAAAAAGCGCAUGAGUAGUACUGAAAGAUGAGGUGUGUGUAUAUUUAUAUUAUCUCCUUUAUGUAAAACAGAUCGAGAAAGAAUUAAUUAAGAAGAAGAAAAUUCUUGUUACUAAAAUAUAUAAUUAAG